AAAGUAUUUAAUGUAGUGAAUAUUACGUCAUAUUUUCAAAGCUUGAUAUUAAUGUCGAUAUUCGCUGCAUACACUUUGUCAUUGCAAAUGCAAUGCGAUAGUGAGCUAGCUUGGUUCGUCCUAGCGCAUUUAACCUAACCUAACUUACUUAUUUUUAGUUUAGGUUUGUUUUGUGGAAUUUAUACAUUUAGUCAUUUCUAAUAAAAAUAAGUACUUACUGUGUUUUAGGUUGGCGUUGACGGAAACGGUCAAAUCCAAUAUUUAGACGGAACCUUCUACGUCAAUGAUGGCAUGUCUAGAAACGAGAAUGAAAACUCCUACGCUACGGAUUCCAUGAAAAAUUGUUACAAUCCUGAUCGAUGGAAGGUUGAUUCCUUCGGUCCUAUUACUGACGCUCCGACUAAUUGUUUUAUGAGAGCACCCGGUGGUUUUGAAGGUAUUGCAGCUAUUGAACAUAUUAUGGAGCACAUAGCUAAAGAAAUAAAAAGAGACCCUAUAGAGGUCCGUUUCAACAACUACCGACUUGAUGACAACCAGCUACCGGAAAUCAUACCCGAAUUUUUAAAGAAAAGCGAUUUUAACAAGAGACUCGAAUAUAUAAAGGAGUUCAAUGCUAAAAACCGUUGGAAGAAACGAGGACUCAGGCUAAAUAAUAUGUCUUUCCCUACACAAUAUCUCGGGAAUUAUGGAGCUUUAGUUUCUAUUUACCACGGAGAUGGAAGCGUAGCAGUAAAUAUAGGCGGCAUCGAGAUCGGCCAAGGCAUUAAUACUAGAAUAGCGCAAGUAGCAGCUUCAGAGUUGAAGGUACCUGUCGAGAAGGUAUCCGUUCUGUCGGCGUACGAUUUCGCCACCCCAAACAAUUUUUCUACAGCGUCGAGUAUAACCACUGAAUGUUGUGCUCUAUCUGUGAUAAGAUGUUGCCAGCAACUCAACGCACGACUGGCUCCGUUCCGUGCACUCAUGCCGGAUGCUACCUGGGAAGAAGUAGUUUUCGAGGCUGAUCUUCGAGGAGUGCUGCUGCAGGCGAACUACGAGACGAGUCCAAAUGACCCUCGCUUGCAAAACUAUUCUAUAUUCGGUGUCGCCGCAACGGAGGUGGAAAUAGACUUGUUGACUGGCACGAAGUACAUAGUUCGCGCGGAUAUAUUCGAAGAUGCAGGGCGCACUAUUAAUCCGGCUCUGGAUGUUGGACAGGCAAGUAUUGUAUCCAAACGCCAUUAUCAAUAUUGCAUUGAAUUGCAAUCAUUAAAAAUCAUGGUUGACAUUGAAUACAUACAUUAUUUCUCUUAUUAGGAUCGAAAGAACUCGCGAUACUUAUGUAUAUAUAG